GCCUCCUCUUUUUAAAUUCCGCGAUAUUCUCUCCUUUGCCCCUCCAUUUUUUAAUUUAAUUUACCAAAAUUCCAAGCUUCCACUCUCUCCUUCUCUCUCUCCUUCCACUUCAUAAACCACUCUUGCAGUCUCUUGGAUGACAUUUUCGUAAUUAAUGGCUGUGAGUUCCAGUGGUUUUACGACUCACCCUGAUUUCAAGCGCAGCCGACUCAGCAGUUCUCCUUUCCACGCUAACAAUAACGGACUUGAGUUGAGGAAGAAGAAGCGGAGACUGAGCCUGUUCCUUGACGGUAAUGGAGUUCGGGUGAAUCGAAUCAGUAGUUGCUGUUGCUCUGACUCAGUGGUUCGCAGAGCGUCCGGGUCGGGUAAUAGCAUUGAUAAAACCGAGGAGAAACGCUCUCAUAGAAGUCGUGUCCAAGCCAUUACUGCAUUGCCAUUUCCCUCUCCUCAGUCUCGCUUCGGUACGAAACAAGAGAAGUUUUAUUCGAGAUGUACGCCGAGAAAUUCCGGCCCACAGUCGCGAGAUACACCGCCGAAGAGAGAUACUGGUAUUGCGAAUGAGAAAGAUAUGGGAAUCGACUUGUUAAACGAGAAAGUGAAUGAGAGUGGGAUUAAUGAGGAUGGAAGUAGUUGGUUUCGAAAAAGUGGAGAGGAUCUUGGCGAAAAUGGUUAUAGAUGUAGGUGGAAGAAGAUGGGUGGUCGAUCACAUGAUACUUCUUCUCAAUGGGAAGAAACGUGGUGGGAGAAAGGCGACUGGACCGGAUACAAAGAGCUAGGCGUGGAGAAAUCUGGAAGAAAUGCUGAAGGGGACACGUGGUGGGAAACAUGGCAAGAGAUGCUUCAUCAAGAUGAAUGGAGUAAUCUUGCAAGAAUAGAGAGGAGUGCACAGAAACAAGCGAAGUUGGGCACUGAAAAUGCUGGAUGGUAUGAGAAAUGGUGGGAAAAAUAUGAUGCUAAAGGUUGGACUGAGAAAGGGGCAAAUAAGUAUGGAAGAUUGAAUGAGCAGUCAUGGUGGGAGAAGUGGGGGGAGCAUUUCGAUGGAAGAGGCUCCGUCACAAAAUGGACAGAUAAAUGGGCUGAGACUGAAUUGGGAACCAAAUGGGGAGACAAGUGGGAAGAAAAGUUCUUUGCUGGCAUAGGUUUGCGCCAUGGGGAGACAUGGCAUGUUUCUCCUAGUGGUGGAGGCUGGUCAAGGACGUGGGGAGAGGAACAUCUCGGGAACGGGAAAGUUCACAAAUAUGGAAAAGGCACAACAGGUGAAAGCUGGGAUAUUGUUGUGGACGAGGAAACCUAUUACGAGGCUGAACCCCAUUAUGGAUGGGCUGAUGUCGUGGGUGAUUCAAGCCAGUUGCUAUCAAUCGAACCUCAGGAAAGGCCACCUGGUGUCUACACGUAUCUCGAUUUUGGGUCGUCACCUCCACCUUCAGCUGAUGACUCGCUGGACUUGCCUUCCCCUCCCUUGCAAUGAAGACCUGAUUUUUCAGGCUCCUCAUUUUCUUGUAGGUGUUUCAUAUUUAUCUCAUUUAAUUUCAAUCA